AUGGCCCUUACUCUGCUAGUGCUGAUCGUUGUAAGUCCAACAUUCUUAGAUGCAAGUUCUCAACAUAGCAGCGCAAAAGGAGAAGUGUCGAUCUUGGGUAUGAUGCUGCAAGGACACAUCUUCAAGAAUAUCACAAAAGCGGCUUUCGGUGAUGUAUGUUUACGGGAAUGUUACCAAGACAUCAGAUGCCAGAGUUUUAACUACGUCUUUACCGAAGACAUUUGCGAAUUGAGCAACCGUACCAAGGAAGCCAGACCAGAAGAUUUUGUACCAAACUUUGAACGAUAUUAUUUCAGAAAAGACAUGAAGAGAGGUGAAACCUUAAUGAUAAAGUUAGAAAAAAGAAAAUAAAGAAUUAAGCAUGUAUUAUGGAAUGAUAAAUGAUAUAUGUAAACAAGAAACAAUCCGUUGUUUUUCAGUGCCUCUCGGGUCCGUUCCAGAACUUCCGGCUGAAACGUGUAAAGAGAUUAAAACAAGUGAAGGAGGGCAAGCGGUCAGUGCAAGAUACUGGAUUUACUCCAUCAUACCUGAAAAGAUUGUAUUCGCUUACUGCGACAUGAAAACAGAAGGUACCUUAAUUCAUCAUGAAAAUCGAUGUUUAAGUUUUUUGCCUUUAUCCUCUCAGAGCAAACUCCACAUUAAAAAACGUAGACAAUCAUUACUGGCCCUGAGAUCAUUUCAGUUUGAAAUGUAAAAUGUGAUUGACUUAAAAAUAUUUACACAAACAAUUGCCUGUUGUGCAGCAUUUGCAUUGUUUGUCAUCAAUACUUCUGCCGUAUCGUUGCCAAGGCCUUUGUGCACUGAUUUGUGUAGUUUUGAAUUAUGUUGUUCCAACAAAUUUGAACAUCCUUCCACGAAUCUUCCUAUGUUUCCUUUUGGAGUUACAAGCAGUAAUAAUCAUCAUUCGGAACUCUACUACUGACUAUUUAAUGUUUUUUCAGAUGUUGACGAAUGCAGCUCUUCCAUCCCCAUUUGUGAUCCAAAGGCCAACUGUCAGAAUACGGAAGGCUCAUUUCAUUGUCAAUGUGUGACUGGAUUCUCUGGUGAUGGGAGAUCUUGCACCGGUAAAGUUAUUUUUCAAGGCAGACUUGGUGGUUGCAUGGUAAACACAGAGGUUUGGGCCCUAAUCGUGUAAGCUUGUUAUGUUCUUGAAGAAGGUUCUUUACUUUCCAUCACUUUUCAGCAAGAAAGGGCAGUAAAUAGGUAGUAGAAAAAUUUCAGAAAAUCGAAUCAACAAAAGAUUUGAGGAUGUGAGGAUGUGUAGGAGGGAGAGUGGGGGGGGGGGGGAUAUUUAAAUUGUGUUAUUCCAGGUGUUAAAAAAUAGUACUACCGAUAGUGAACAGGUUUCUCAUCACUUCUCCCUGUGUUUCCUUUCAGAGUUACAAGCAGUAAAAGUCAUCAGUCGGAGCUGCACUACUGACUUUUUUAUUUCUUUGUAGAUGUUGACGAAUGCAGCUCUGCCAUACCCGUCUGCGAUCCAAAUGCCAAUUGUCAGAACACUGAAGGCUCAUUUCACUGUCAGUGUGUGAGUGGAUUCUCUGGUGAUGGGAAAUCUUGCACAGGUAAGUUUAUUUUUAACAUCUUAAUAUCAACAUCCAUCCUAAAAAGAGUGGUUUGAUAUAACCAUAUGUGUCCUAAUUUCUUUUUUGUUGGUUAACAUGUAAUACCAACCAGCAUGACCAGGUAGUCUGCCACUCAUAGCCCUUAAGCUUAGCUUCAAAGAGUAAUUUGCUUGUGGAGUUCUCGCUCUGUUUUCUUUUAGAAUUAUGGGCGGAAAGAAUCAUCAAUCAGAGCUCCACUUCUGACUAUUUGAUUUAUUUGCAGAUGUUGACGAAUGCAGUUCUUCCAUCCCUGACUGUGAUCCAAAGGCCAAUUGUCAGAACACAGAAGGCUCGUAUCGUUGUCAGUGUUUGACUGGAUUCUUUGGUGACGGGAAAUCUUGCUCCGGUAAGGAUAUUGUUGAGAGUUAGGGUGGUAACUUGAUGAACGCCGAGGUUUUGGCCUUAGUGUUAUAAGUGUGUUAUGUUUUGGGUAUAGACGCUUUAAUUUUUGGUCCCUUUCUUGAGAUAAGGGGACACAAAUAGUUACCAGUACACUGUUAGGAAAUAAAAUUAAAAAGAGAUUGACGGAGGGUGGAAAUAAAACAAAAUAAGAGCCAGCGAAAGUGAGACUUUUCUCCCUUUGUUAUAAACGGUUGUAAAUUCGUUUUUUUCUGUUUAUUCUUAUCAUUUAACAUAUUAACAUGAACAAUCUACUUGAUUAGUUUGGGCACAAAGCAACUCAACCAACUGGGUGCGAAUCAACUAAGCCGGGUACAAAGCGACUGGGCUUUGAAUGAAACGUCCCUGGUAUAAGAAGGCUGGUAACGGGUUAACAUAUAACACAAACCAGCAGAAUCAGGUCAUUUGUCAGUUAUCCCUCUCAACCUUGCCCUUAAGGAGUGAUCAAUUUAUUAUCAGAAAACUUACAGUUUCAUGAAAGUAUGUAUUGUUUUUAGUAUGCUGUCGGCUAUUAGCUAUUGCUGAACUCUCUUAAAGAGAUGUAUUUUACUUUGGCAUUAAAAACUUAUCUUAGUUGUUAAGUUUUGAAUGGUGUUGUUCCAAAAAAUUUGAACAUCCUUUUACGAAAGGUGUUUCGAUGUCACAAAGUGCACGCAGGUGUUGAAAAAUAACACCAUCGAUAUUGAACAGGAGCCUUGUCACUUCUCCCUGUGUUUCCUUUUUUUUUAGUUACAAACAGUAAUAAACAUCAAUCGGAGCUCCACUACUGACUAUUUAAUCUCUUUGCAGAUGUUGACGAAUGCAGUUCUUCCACCCCCGUCUGUGAUCCAAAGGCCAAUUGUCAGAAUACGGAAGGCACAUUUUAUUGUCAGUGUGUGAGUGGAUUCUCUGGUGAUGGGAAAUCUUGCACCGGUAAGUUUAUUUUUUAAGGCAGACUUGGUGGUUACACGGUAAACACAGAUGUUUGGGCCUUACUCAUGUAAGUGUGUUAUGUUUUUGAAGUAGAUUCUUUACCCUCCGAUCCCUCUAUACAGGAAGCAAUAAAUAGGUAGUGGUGUAGUUUUAGAAAAUUGAAUCAUCAAGAGACUUAAGGAGGAUGUGUAGGAUGGAGGAAGGAGGGGAUUUGGAACUUUGUUAUUCAAGGAAUAUUAAUAUCCAUCCUAGUAAGAGUGGUUUGAUAUAACCAUAUGUGUUCUAGUUUCUUUUUUGCCGAUUAACAUAUAAGCUUCAACAAAUUUGAGCAUCCUUUCACGAAAAGCGUUUCAAUGAAACAAAGUGCGCCCAGGUGUUGAAAAAUAACACCACCGAUAUUGAACAGGUCUCAUGUCACUUCUCCCUACGAUUCCUUUUAAUGUUACAAGCAGUAAAAAUCAUCAAUCGGAGUUCCACCACUGACUACUUGUCUUCUUUGUAGAUGUUGACGAAUGCAGCUCUUCCAUACCCGUCUGUGAUCCAAAUGCCAAUUGUCAGAAUACUGAAGGCUCAUUUCACUGUCAGUGUGUGAGUGGAUUCUCUAGUGAUGGGAAAUCUUGCACAGGUAAGGUUAUUUAAGGAACAUUUGGUGGCCAAGUAUAUGAUGCAAUGGUUUCGAUCCUAGCCCAGUUCAUCUAUUGUGUUAUGGUGGCAUUCUAGUCAAGAUGAAGAAAUAAGUAGAGUUGAAAAAAACUUGUAAGGAAAUGAGAUGAGACUGGAUUUUCUGCUGACGGGAAAUCUUGCUCCGGUAAGGAUAUUCUUGAGAGAUAGGGUGGUAACUUGAUGAACGCCGAGGUUUUGGCCUUAGUCUUGUGAGUGUGCUGUAUUUUGGGGCUGAGAACACAAAUAUUUACCAGCACACUCUUAGAAAAUAGAAUAAAAAAGAGAUUGAAGGAAGGUGGAAAUAAAACAAAAUAAUAGCAAGCGAAAGUGAGACUUUUAUCCCUUUGUUAUAAACGGUUGUAAAUUCGUUUAUUUUAAAAAAAUAUAUAAAAACAAUAAAAUAAAAGUAAUACUUUAUAAGUAAUAAAAUAUAAAACAAAAUAAGAGCCAGCGAAAGUGAGACUUUUAUCCCUUUGCUAUAAACGGUUGUAAAUUCGUUUAUUUCUGUUUAUUCUUAUCGUUUAACAUAUAAGCAUGAACAGUCUACUUGAUUAGUUUGGGUGCAAAGUGACUCAACCAACUGAGUGCGAAUCGACAAAGCCGGGUACAAAGAGACUGGGUACGAAACGCCCCAACCAGCAUAACCACGUCACUUGUCACAUAUCCCUUUCAGCCUUACCUUCAAGAAGUGACUUAUUUGCUAUCAGAAAACUUGCAGUUUAAUGAAAGUAUUAUUGUUUUUAGUAUGCUGUCGGUUAUUAGGUAUAGACGAAGUAUUUCAGACAUGCACUUUACUUUGGCAUUGAAAGUUUUGAAUGGUGUUGUUCCAACAAAUUUGAACACCCUUUCGCGAAAUGUGUUGCGAUGUAACAAAGUGCGCCCAUAUGUUGAAAAAUAACAUCGCCGAUAUUGAACAGGUCUCUUGUCACUUCUACCUGUGUUUCCUUUUAGAGUUACAAGCAGUAAAAGUCAUCAAUCGGAACUCCACUACUGACUGUUUAAUUUCUUUGCAGAUGUUGACGAAUGCAGCUCUUCCGCCCCCGUUUGUGAUCCAAAGGCCAAUUGUCAGAAUGCGAAAGGCACAUUUCAUUGUCAGUGUGUGACUGGAUUCUCUGGUGAUGGGAAAUCUUGCAUCGGUAAGGCUAUUUUUUAAGGCAGUUUUGGUGGUUGCAUGGUACACGCAGAUGUUUGGGCCUUAGUCAUGUAAGUGUGUUAUGUUUUUGAAGUAGAUUCCUUACUCUCCGAUUCCUCUCUAAGGGAACCAAUAAAUAGGUAGAAGUGCAGUUUUAGAAAAUCGAAUCAUUAAGAGACUUAAGGAGGAUGUGUAGGAUGAGGAUUUCGAACUUUGUUAUUCAAGGAAUAUUAACAUCCAUCCAAGAAAGAGUGGUUGGAUACAACCAUAUGCGUCCUUAUUUCUUUGUAGUUGGUUAACAUAUAACACCAACCAGCAUGACCAGGUAGUCUGUUACUCAAAUCCCUUAAGCUUAGCUUCAAAGAGUAAUUUUCUUGCAGAGUUCUCGCUCUGUUUCCUUUUAGAGUUAAGGGCGGAAAGAAUCAAUUUCAGAAAAUCGAAUUAACAAGAGAUUUAAGGGUGUAUAGGAGGGAGAGUUGAGGGGGGAAAAUUUUAUAUUGUGUUAUUCCAGGUGUUGAAAAAUAGUACCACCGAUAUUUAACAGGUCUCUUGUCACUUCUUCCUAUGUUUCCUUUUAGAGUUACAAGCAGUAAAAGUCAUUAAUCGGAGUUCCACUACUGUCCAUUUGAUUUUUGUAGAUGUUGACGAAUGCAGCUCUUCCAUACCCGUCUGUGAUCCAAAUGCCAAUUGUCAGAAUACUGAAGGCUCAUUUCACUGUCAGUGUGUGAGUGGAUUCUCUGGUGAUGGGAAAUCUUGCACAGGUAAGGCUAUUUAAGGCACAUUUGGUUGCCAGGUAGAUGAUGCAAUGGUCUCAAUCCUGGGCCAGCUAAUAUAUUGUGUUAUAGUGGCACCCUUUAGCUAAGAAGAAGAAAUAGGUAUAGUUGAAAAAAACUUCUAAGGAAAUUAGAUGAAUUGCUAGGAGGUUAUUUCUGAUUGACUAAAAACCCAUCUAAGAGGGCUUAUAAUCCUAUUAUAGCACACCUGUUCGUUAUUGCUUUGAUUUUUUAGUAUCCAGUUGAUGGAUCCUUCUUCCUUUAUAUCCUUACGCUUCCUCCUCUUGUCUUCUACAUUCUUUUUGGGUAGGGAAGACCUAUUGCCGCGACAUUCUGCUUCUCAGUUUAUUUUAAUCGGUACAAUCUCUGAACACUGUAAGCGACCUCAGCUCGUGUUAUAAAAUUAUUGAAAACGACGUAAGUGCAGUUAAAAACAGCAUCAACUACAAAAACAACAGCAAGAAAACUUCUAAACUGCUAAAGGGGCUCGUUUUGGCGAAAUGUCCUUAUUUCUCUCACACUGUAUGUAUUUUGGAAUUUUGAUAUUUUAAUAUAUUUUCAACCGAGUCUUCUCCAUGGUUACUUCUUUCAUUGCUUCUCGGUGAUAACUUUUACUUUUUGCCAAUGUUAUUUGUUAUUGCUCUCCUCGAACGUAGCAGGCAGGUUUUUGUUAUUCUCAUCUACCACCAGGGGAGAAUUGACAAUAAGAUCUUGGGAGUUAAAGGGUUAAGCAUGAUUUCCACAGCACUUCCGAGACCGUUCCUCGGAUGAUUUAAAGCCUAAUUUAAAUGAUUCAAGCACAGCUGAGGCCAGUUUGAUCUCAGAUACCUCCAAUACUUAGUCAGUAAUAUGUUGAUCACACAGCCACUAAUGAGGACGCUCCUAUCCGUUUAAUGGGCGGUGGAGCAAACUACGGCCGUGUAGAGGUUUAUCACAACGGGAAGUGGGGCACAGUGUGUGAUGAUCACUGGACAAUUAACGAAGCCAAUGUGGUUUGUCGUCAGCUCGGCUUCUCUAGUGCAUCUCAGGCUAGUUGUUGCGCUAAAUACGGUCAGGGUUCUGACCCAGUCUGGAUGGAUGAUGUCUACUGCCAAGGGGGAGAGGCAAUGUUAUCUCGAUGUACGUUCCCUGGCUGGGAAAAACAUAACUGUGCACAUAGUGAGGAUGCCAGUGUGGCGUGCAAUAAUUAG